CCCGGCUGCGUUGUCAACGAAUACGGUGUAGUUGGCUGUCGCUAUGAAAUAAUUCGCGAAAUAAGGAGGGAAGGGGGUUGUUAUUUGUGAAUGAAAAUUGUUGUGCAGACGAAGUGAAGGUGCGCUUGAGAAGGAAAGUCGUACAGCAAUAUUUUCGUCUUUGUUUGUAGUGUUGGUUAAUUUGUACUCGGUUUCUUCUCUGUUAAGAUUUAUAUAAAUAAUAGGUCCGUGAUUCCUGAUGAUUGUAAUAUCAGGUGAAUGUGGAUGUUAUAUCAAGAGAUCAGUGCAUGAGUGUCGUUGAAAGCUGACAUGACAGUCGAGGAUCCUUUUUUCGUGGUGAAAGAUGAUGUUUGUAUAGCAUUGAACAAGACACGAGGCCUAUACCGUCGGUGGAUUGAUCUGCAAGACGAUACAACUAAUAGUGUAUCUAAGGAUGAAGUGGAGUGGACCACCACAGAAUUACGAAAUGCACUACGGAGCAUUGAGUGGGAUCUAGAGGAUGUUGAAGACACUAUAGGCAUUGUCGAGAAAAAUCCAAGUAAAUUUAAAAUUGAUAACAAGGAGCUGAGUAGCCGGAAAAGUUUUAUUGACCAAACCCGGGAAGAAGUGAAGACUAUGAAAGAUAAGAUGAACACAUCCAGGGGCAGAGAUUGGGACAGAACUGCUAGACAGCCACUUCUGGAGAACAGUCCAGUUCGAGUUCCAACAAGUCAUGGAACCACGAAGUAUUCAAAGCUGGAGAAUGAACUGGACAGUCCAAAUCGACAUUUUCUGGAUGACACACUCCAACAACAAAACCACAUCGUGAGGACGCAAGAUGAACAGCUGGAUAUGAUUAGUGAUUCAAUUGGGACGCUCAAAACUGUGUCCCGACAGAUUGGAAACGAGUUGGAUGAGCAGGCUGUGAUGCUAGAUGAGUUUGGGAAUGAACUGGAAAACACAGACUCUAAACUCGACACCGCAAUGAAGAAAGUCGCUAAGGUACUUCAUAUGUCAAAUGAUCGAAGGCAAUGGAUUGCUAUUGCAGUUCUAUCGGGAAUAAUCAUAGUUGUCAUCAUUCUUUUUAUCUUCACUUGAAGAGUUCCGCAGCCGUUGGGAUAAGCGGCAGGAUGUCUGUUUCAUAUGUUUAGUGUAAUUAGCCCCUUGUUAGUCAUGUGGAGGUCAUAGAUAUACUGCAGUAAGUCUGAUGUGACACACAGCAUGACACAGUUGCUCCAGGAGGUCAUGAACGUGAGUGGGUGCUUAUAUAACUUCAGUGUUUACAAAUCUAUUAGGCUUUUGUUUUCUAAAUAGAAUGAUCAGUUAAUUUUGUAAUCCUGUGUGUGUCUUUCUACAUCUUAAAGUAAAUUAUUUGUUUGCCAACAAAAAGCACAGUAAUUUUAUCUAUCAUGAAUUUUAAAUUAUUAGAAAUAAUGGUCGUCAUAGUGAGAAAUUUUUCUGCAUUAUUAUGCAGUGCUGUUCAUAAUCUUAGUGCUUCAUGAAACUAUAAGCAACGCAUAGUAACAUAAAUCUCAGUAGAUAGGGAUGUGUGAACUCUGGGCCGUGCGUUGGAAGUGCAUCUUGAAAAAUUCUACCUGGCCUGUAGCAAUACUGCGGCAUUUUUAAUUGUGUGAUCCACAAACACAGUACAGAGUAAGUAUUGCAGUCAUAAAAGUGUAAGAGAAUAAAUGAUUCUAAAUUUUGAUGGGAAAUCAAAUUGUGUUUGAUCUCAUUUUGUGCAUCUAAAACUGGUUGUAAGGCAGAGUUUAUGUAUAAAUAAUUCCGUCUUCUCAGAAGCAGGCAGCAAGCAAAGCUUUGCUCGUUAGCAGCUUCUUGCAGCUUUCUUGUUGGGCUUACUCUUCAGCCCUGAAGAUGAAGGAUACAUGUUCCUCUGAAACGUCUUUUGACUUUCAGCAGACUACGUGGUGUUAUAUCCCAGAAGAUAGAACUCUUCAUAACCACUGCUGUGAGAACCUCGAGUCUUACAAGUCCUAAUGGUUUUGCAUUGCAGUAAGUGAGGCAGGGCUUUGUAGCUGUCUUGACCGAUAUUUUCUGUGGUUUUCCUUAGUUCCUUCAGGCACAUGCUAGGAUAGUAGAUCAUAACUGCUUUCAGAGGCUUUCCAAUUUAUAAUUAAUCUAUUUUCCGACAAUUGAACGGUAUAUAAGCUUGUUACUGACAACUUUAUGAAACAAAAAAAUUUAGCAAAUAUGUACUGAAAAUAAUGGAAUUAUGCUUCUUAAAGAAAGGCAUUCAUAAAUACAAAAUUGAAUGGUACCAGACUUAACUGGGUUACAUAUUUUUCAAUGAAAAUUAAAGUUACUGAAACCAAAGGAACUACAAUCAGGGGAAAGAAUUUUAAUUUUAAGUGACUAUUCUCAGAAAUGCAACUGUUGUAUUGGGUGGACACAUGUAUGUUUUUUUAAUCAAGGUGCGUAAUGCCUUAUAGUUUCAUAAAGCAAUGAAAUGGUGCACAGAUUUUGAAUAUCCUAUAGCUGCAUUGUUGACUGGUAUUUCCUGUUCAGGGCUGUACUGUACUGUGAGGAGGUUAAACUCAUAUUAUAGAUUAAGAAGCAAUCAAAUUUAUAAUUUAUUACAUACAGAUUACCAAAGUGGUAUGUUUAGUUGUGAGGUAGAUGUAUACCCGUCUGAAGAGAGUUUAAAAUAAAAGUAGUGCAAUAUGUCCACGCGCAGAGCAGUGGUUCUAAACCUGUGGGUUGUGAAGGUUAUCAUGGAGGGUUGCACAGAUGUUUUUCUUAAAACAACAGUUCAAGAACAUGCCACCUGAGAUAGCAUGGGGAUAACUUCUUUUGAUUAAAAGGUGGUGUCGACAGUCACGAAAGACUGUUUUCUCACAAAAAGGGGUGCCAAAGAAGAAAGCUGGAGAAGCACUGGUCUAGAGGGACAUUUUAUACCACACUUAACUUUGUGGUAAGGAAAUUUUUUUACUAGAGUAGUUAACUGGGUACAUUAUUACCUAUUGUAGCCUUUAAUGGUGAUUCAGUGGUGAUAUCCUGUUAUGGCAUGAUUGGACUGAGCGGAAGUGGAGUGUGUUGUCAGCGUUCAGAGGAACCUACUGUUGCUGUCUUCAAAGCAGAGGAAUUCUACCUAUGUGAUCAGCGCUUUUCCAUCCGACUUGAUUAUUUCUGCACUCCUUGCUGGUUUGCUCUUCAUAGAAUGGCCCUCUUAAGGGCCAUCAGUUUAUGUACAGCCCUGCCAUCCCUCCCUGUAUAUGGCAUACAGUUUUAUUGCUCGACUUACGCUUGGAGGCGCCAGGUUCCUCCGAAACAUUGGCAAACUAGGUCACUUCAAUGCAAGGUCAUUAUUCGAAACAGGUUGAAAACCACAGGUACAUUUUUGGUGUAGAGUCUUGUUGUUAAGUGCCAUUCGAUGAAACACUGAUGAUAUCUUCCUUUACUAUAUUGAAUUUAUUAUUUUCAGGCCCGUUUCUAAGGAUAGACUGAAAAAUGUAAUAAACUUCAAAUUUUUAAAUGCUCUAGUAAUAAUUUGAUAUGUUGUAUAGUAGGAUAUUAGAUUGUAUAUAGAUAUGGAAAAUGGACAUUUAAUUAUUGUUUGGUAGCUUUUAGAAAUAUUUAUUCCAUUUAUAUCAGUGCAUCACCUCAAAAGAGAUGAAAUGUAGGUAAAAUAAAAUAUUUUGUUUAAAUUGUUGUUAAUAGUUGGUGACUUGAAAAAUAGCUGUAUAUGGUAGUAGGGAGGCUCUGCUCAUGUCCUGACAUGUCAGUAGCAUUGGUAUGAUAUUAUUUUUUUUUUUUUUGCUGGCUUUAAAUACAUGGUACACUUUGUCUUAGAAUGUAGGAGGUUUUGCCGUAUGUAUAUAGCAUUUCUCUUAAUGUAAUUAAAUUAAUGGUCGUACACGUUUCACAUUUA